CAAUUUCCAAAUCUAAUUUUUCGUCUCUCUCUCCUCUCUCUCUCCCAAAAUCCUGUAUGCUCCCCGUAAAGCUUCAAACCCCCAAACAAGUCACAGUCACAAAACCUCUCUCUCUCUCAUGUUUUUUGCUCCUAGAUAUCUCUCUCCGACGACAAGCUCUCAAUUAAAGCUCCGUCGAUCAUUUCUUUAUUACGAUCCUGCCCCUUCAGUUUCGUUACUGGUAUUCGUCCCUCUCGUCGCUGCCUUCUGACAUAAGAAGUUUUUUAUUUCAAUCUCCACUUAUUCCAAGCUCUUCGCGGCAUUGGCUGCUGAAUUCUGGUAAAAUCCGUUCCUUUGUUGUAACUGCUUUAGAGAUUCAAGUAGUUUGUUUCUCAAGUUGGGGUUGGAACACUUGGAUGCCAUAAAACAACAUUGGAAAUGGAGUUAAAAAUUUCUUCUCCGAAACUAGGGAAUCUUUCUUCUUCUGAUUGUAAUAGUGACCCAGAGGAGAAAGAAGUUAGUGAUGAUGAUGACGACGAUCGGAAUCACAAGCAUCGUAGGCGGGACACUCGUUCUCAAUCUUUGGAGAGAGAUACACUUGAUCAAGUUUUUACGAGGCCGUUUAGAAAGCGGAACAAACCUUUCCCAAAUGGGAACCAUUUCAGGGAGAACGACUCUCAAGCAAGUGCUCCUUGGAAAAAUUAUAACUCCAACCAUUUUGAGUCUGGAAAGUUCGAUAAGAGACGCCCUGGCCAUGCAUCAACAAUUCGAUCACCAUUGGAUAUAAAUCAAAGAAUCAGGCCAAAUCACACAUUUUCUGGUGACCCUAUCCCUUCUAGGGGAAGAGGAAGGGACCUUGGGUCAUGGAACCAACGUGAUUCUAGAUUCAGCUCUGAUAUUGCUUCACAAGUGGUUCAGGGCUCCAUUCCUCCAAGUUUAUUUGCUGGAAGAGGGUUGCUAAAUAUUUCAAAUGCACAGAAUGCGUCUUGGAAUGCAUUUGGCUUAACUCCUGGAUUACCAAAUGGGGGCCUUGAUGCAAUUCAUUCCAUUGGUUUGCCAGGAACUCUCAGACCGCCAAUUCCUUCUUCAUUGAAUAUAGGCAUUCCUCGCCAACGUUGUAGAGAUUUUGAGGAGCGUGGUUUUUGUCUAAGAGGGGACAUAUGCCCAAUGGAGCAUGGUGUCAAUCGAAUAGUUAUCGAGGAUGUUCAGAGUCUUUCACAGUUCAACCUUCCCGUUUCACUUCCAAGUGCACAUCUACUUGGAACAACCAGUGGACCUGGGCCUGGAUCUCUAGCAGCGAUAAGUUCUUCUUCAACAACAUCACUGAAUAAUAAAGGAUUACAUAGCAAAACUAGUAAGCCUGGUUUUGCUGAUGAUGGUUUGGGUUUGAAUGGUUCAUAUUCUGGUUCUGGUUGUGUGACUGGAGCUGAUUUAUAUGAUCCUGAUCAACCCCUGUGGAAUAACAAUUGUCCUGAAACAUCAAAUGCACUUCUAGCUUUAAAUCCAUCCAAGAUAGAUGAAACUGAAUCUUUGAUGAAUGGUGAUCCUUCUGAUAAUUUCCAAUUAAGAAGCUCUGGAAAUGCUGUUGGUUCACACAGUACAUCAGUUUGGGGUCGAAUUGGCAGUUCAAAAAGUAGAUUAGAUGUAAAGGAGAAAAGUGAUGCUGCAAUAAGUUCCUCGGAUUAUAUUGAGAAUGACAGCAAGGAAGAUAAAGUGGCAUCAGCAGGGAUUCCAAUUUCAUCUCGGCAAGGAAAGCAGAUCGUUGCUGAGGAUGCUGGUCCAAAACCUUUGGAUUCAUCUGAAAAGACACAGGUUGACACCAUGCGUAACAAUCGGAAACCAUCUCAAAAAGCAUUGCGUACUCUGUUUGUAAAUGGGAUUCCUCUGAAAAGCAAUAAAAGGGAGGCUCUUCUUUCCCAUUUUCAAAAGUUUGGAGAGGUUAUUGACAUUUACAUACCAAUGAAUACUGAGCGAGCUUUUGUCCAGUUUUCGAAGAGGGAAGAGGCUGAGGCAGCUUUAAAGGCUCCUGAUGCUGUGAUGGGAAAUCGCUUUAUCAGGCUAUAUUGGGCCAAUCGCGAUAGCAUUCCUGAUGAUAAUGUGAGUAGUAGCGGUAGUGUCUGUGCAACUCCCCAUGGCCCGGUAUCUGUUUCAGUUCCAACCAAUUCAUCUCUUGCAAACAGUAGCAAAGAUAAUCUCCAAGCUGCUGCACCAAAGAGUAGUACUGUUCAUACCCAUGUUGCUUCUUUACCUGACAAACCUAGCCCUGUUGUUACAAAUGGUUCCAAGGUUCCACCUUUGCAGAAGAAACUAGGCAGCUUAGAGCAGUUGAAGGAAGAACUCCGCAAAAAGCAGGAAAUGUUGGAGCAGAAGCGGAAUGAUUUCCGGCGCAAGUUGGACAAACUAGAGAAACAAGCAACAGGAAUUAAGGGUGACUCAGACACGGAGCAAGUUGCUAAGAGACCUAAAGUGGGGAUAGCAGUUGAUGUUGCUAAAGCUUCUACUCCGAGGUCUUCUGAUUCAGGUCCUAUUGCAAUAUCACCACAUGCUGAUACAAUGACAGAUAAGAACAAAUCGGGAGAUAAAAUUGUCUCCCAUAGUCCCAAAACAAAUACAACUGUCGGUCUGUCGGAAUCUAUGACCUCAAAGCAGCACCCAGUUCGUCCAUUUGUAGCGGUGGGGUCUCCUUUUCUGGUGAACAGAUACAAAUUAGACAAUCGUCCUACAGCAUUUAGAAUCCUCCCACCUUUACCGGCUGGAUUUACAAAUGUUGCUGUGGUGAGGGAACACUUCUUACAGUACGGUGACAUUUCGAAUGUGGAGCUAGAAGAUGUGGAAGGCUAUGAUGGUAGUAGCGAGUCAGAGGUAUCAAAAGAUUGCUCGGCUCAUGUAAAUUUUGUGACACGCCGUUCCGCUGAGAGGGCAUUUAUUAAUGGGAAAUGCUGGCAAGGCCAUAAUUUGAAAUUUAUGUGGUUGACACCAAGUACUCCUAGCAAUGACCCAAGUGGCACAGAAAAUUCUCCAUCCACUUCAAAGGGGUCAUCAGAUGCUGAUGUUAAGCGUGGUGAAAAACCGGCAUCCAUUGUUUCCCAGGAAGUCGCUUCAUCAGAGAGUGGGGAAGCUGAAAAUGAAGAAAAAGGAAUUGGUGAGGACAUGGAACCAGGUGAAGAUUCCCAGCAGAGUCCGAGCCCAACAUCGGGGAACGAAGAGUCAACCAGAGACGAUAAGUUUUGAGGAUGGACUAAUAAUAAUGAGCUUGUACAGUCAGGUAAAAUGGUAAAUCGUAGAGAACUCUAAUCUUCUGAAUCCCUCUUAUUGCUGAAAUUUUAUCUUCCAAGAUUUGUUAUUUGUAUGCUUGGACAUGUCUAAAGGGAAAUUUCCUGAUUUUUGACUACCCACCUAAGGAUACUUGGUCGGUAUAGUUAAGUGAUCAAUUUCAUCUGUUUGGAUGUGUCUAGGACUAAAAAGUCAGUUGAAUUUUCUGUUGAAAUCAAUUAAAUGAUCACAUAAAAUAUAUAUGGGAUCUGAUUCCCAUUCUGUUUGUUCUUACAA